CACGAUGUUGCACUUCUGGAAGAGGAAAUGGCGCCCGUCAGGUGCAGCAGGAUUUACAGUGGCCAACCAGUCAAGUCCCCUCGUAGUUGACACGUAAGCCACCUAACUGCCUCUCGCUGCAUCAGGCUCAUCGGACACAGAAGUAUGAUUUUAAGUAGUGAGAAACCCAGUUUGUGUCGGAUGGUGAAGACGUAACGGGAACAUCUCUGACAUUUCAGAGCGCUGCUGGUACUGCAGACCCCUUGCAUCGGAAUGGCCAAAGAGCAGAAACAAAGCAGGGCAGAAACAUUUGUGCUGGCUGGAUCUAAUGGUCACAAUGGCCAGCAGUGGCAGACUGGUAUGAAUAACUUGGUCACUCACUCUCCUGGCACUAACCACAAGUCGAGGAUGGCUCGCGUUGCCUCGGACAUGAGGCAAAAGUGUGCGGCCUAUGUGCUAGCACUGAGACCGUGGAGCUUCAGUACCUCGCUGACGCCGGUGGCCCUUGGCAGCGCUUUGGCAUACAAACUGGAUGGCUCUGUGGACUUGGUCAUCCUGAUGGUGUGCGCUGUGGCUGUUCUUGUUGUCCAUGGGGCAGGAAACCUUGUAAACACGUACUAUGACUUCUCCAAAGGGAUAGACCACAAGAAGAGUGACGAUAGGACUCUUGUGGAUGAAAUCUUGGCACCGCAGGAUGUUGUUAUGUUCGGAGCAUUGUUAUAUUCUUUAGGCUGCUUGUGUGCCACUCUGCUCUACUUCCUGUCAACACUUAGACUGGAACACCUAGCCCUUAUUUACUUUGGGGGACUCUCCAGCUCUUUUUUAUACACUGGAGGCAUCGGCCUCAAGUAUGUGGCCCUAGGAGACUUGGUAAUCCUCAUUACCUUCGGUCCUCUGGCAGUCAUGUUUGCCCACGCUGUGCAGGUUGGCUACCUGUCAGUGCUGCCGCUGGUCUAUGCCGUCCCACUGGCCCUCAACACGGAAGCCAUCCUCCAUAGCAACAACACCAGAGACAUGGACUCUGACAAGCAGGCAGGGAUUGUCACCCUGGCCAUCCUCAUAGGCCCCACACUGUCCUACGUCCUCUAUAACCUCCUGCUUUUCGUCCCCUACGUGCUCUUCUGCAUCCUCGCCACACGUUACACCAUCAGCAUGGCGCUCCCUCUGCUCACGCUGCCCAUGGCCUUCCCACUGGAGAAGCAGUUCCGCAGCCGACGCUAUGCCAAGAUACCCCAAAAGACGGCCAAGCUCAACCUCCUUAUGGGACUUUUCUACGUGUUUGGGAUCAUUCUGGCACCUCCUGGCAGCUUGCCGUUACUGUGAUUAAUUAGCUUUGAUAUUUCAAAUUUUGUUGUUUUAAUACAGACUAGUUUAUGCACCUCUUUGUAUUUGUACAACGCUGAGGGCUUUUCAAAGGCUUUAAUUUAUUGUCUAAUUUAUACAUUGAACAGAGAUCUAGUUUAGGUCCUGCUCUGUCACACUGAAGGCAUAAUCAGAUGUAUUUUUUCAGUAUUAAGCCUGCUGUAAUGUGUUGGUGCAAGUAAGAAGUGUUGGUGUCAUUUUGUAGAGGUAGGCAGCAUUUUUAUCAUACAAGGACAGACAGUAAACCUACAGUUGCCAUAUUUGCUGUUCUUAAAAACACAAUACUACAAUGU